AUGGAAGAAACUUUGACAAAAUUACAGAAAGAUUGUUCUGGACAGAGGUUAUUACCGAUUAAAAAGUCAUGUAUAGCUGCAAUAGAAACCUUGAAAUCCCCAGAGAAACUAUCGUCUAUGCCAACAUGUGAUGUAAGAGAGAUAUGUUUAGAACCAAUACAACUUGCUCUAGAAUCAAGGUCUAAAAGACUUAUGUCUCAUGCUAUUGUAGGCUUACAGGAACUAUUAAAAGAUGAAAGAUUUCAGUGUAAUUUUGAAGCAGUAGAAGAGAAGUUAUUACCUGUACAGGUGUUAAACUCUUUAUAUAUUACACCUAAUUUACCUGAAGAGGCUCAGGUUGAAAUUAUGAAGUUUCUAUUGAAUAUGACAUUUUCUAUCAGUUGGUGUAUGAAUGCUAAAGUUAUUUGCAAAGUUUCUCAGCUUUAUAUCGACAUCCAUCUUGGUGACCUCAAUGGGGAUGUAGGUUCACUAGCCUAUAAUAAUUAUAUUAAAUGUUUAGACGUUUUACCUGAACGUCUAGCCAUUAUUGAGAAUUUACCUGCAUGUGACCAGUGUGAGGUAUUUGUGGAUACGUAUAGUAGCAGUUCACUUAAUGUUCGUGGCUCUGUUAAAGCUGCCAUGACUCAGAUGUUAAAGAGUUACACAGAAAAACUGAGAGAACUCGAAAAUAAAGUGGUAGAAGAUGGAGAUAAUGUUCUCGCUGAUUUCAAACAAUCAGGCAAUAACUAUAUGUCUAGUGAAGGUCUUAUGGAUGAUAUUGUAGCUAUUUUAAGAUUUUUCUCUGGAAAAUUAAAUGGAACACAGAGUUCUGGUGGUCAAGGUAAACAAGAGGUACAGAUUCUAGUAGAGGGCAUACUGUCAUUAUUAACUAAUUCUCCAUUAUCAAUUAGAAAUCAUGCUGGUUUCCAGGAACUUGUCUGGAGGAAUCUUUGUCCAGAUUUAAUAUCACUGUUAGGAACACCUAAAGCUGAGAGAAGUAUUCUAAUGACACGGUCAUUAUCCAUGGAGGAAGGGGUCGUAGGUCGGGGGUCAGCUAGGUCAACCUCAGCACCUAAUGUCAAUGUAGCUACUGCCAAAAUUAUUUAUGCAAUAGCUAACCAGUUAGUAAGAUUGAUAGGAACAAUAGGAACCUUGAGACCAGUUCUAGAAUCUCUUUUUCAUCGUAUGUUAAUCUAUCCUCCACCACAACAUAGACUUGAUGCUUUAAAAUCUAUCUGUGAGAUAUUGUCUAGUCCUGAAUUAGUUGCUGAUAUAUCAGCACCACCUAGUCAGGAGGAAGCAGAUCAAAAAGUGAAAACGUUAAAUGAUGUGCCAUUAUUAAGAUUGAUUGUGGACUCUCUACAGGAAUCUAGUCAAUGUACUGAUAUAGCUGUAUGUUUUGUGAGUGUACAAUGUGCUGAUCAGUUAUUAGGAACUUUAGACAAACUAUGUAAUGGAGAAGGUUUGAUAGAAAGUGUUGUAGAAGAAAUCAAUAAUACCUAUAUAGAGCUUGGUAAAGAUAUAAGUAAUGAGUACAAUGGUAGAAAGGAAAGUUUAGUAGAAGAUGGAGGAUCAGUUAGUAAACACUCUGAUGAUGAUGAUGAGGAAGAAGAAGAAGCUGAGAUUGAUGAUAAAAAAGAAACUAGUGGAUCAGAAUCUGAAACUAUAAACAAGGAAAAAGAAUCACCUAAAAAACGUUUAGGAUCAAUAGGUAAACAGACAGUGGAGGAUGAGAUGGAUUUAAAAAUAACCAUCCAGAAUCAGGUCCAGUCAGAUCAACGUCAAGAGAUGGUUCGACGUCACAGGUUGCUUCGAGAUAAAUUUGAAGCUGUAGAACGUCAAAAUGCCAAGUUAUUUAUACAUCAGUUUAAACGUAUUUUACCACAGUUGUUCAAUAUGUAUUCUAUACAAGAAGUAGAUCAAGGCUUGAAACAGUUUGCCUCCAAUUUCUGUGCAGGAAUGGUACCAGUAGAGUCAUACUGUGAGGAUGUUAAAGAUUUGAUAUCAUCAGUAAUAUUAAAUGCUGAUGGUAUAUAUACAGCAUCACUAUUAUCAUUAUUAUUAUCAUUAAAACUCAAUCUAAAUGAUUAUUAUAAUGGUAAUAAAACAGCUAAACAACCUCUCACUGAGACUGCAGGAUAUAAUAAACAUAAUGAUACAGCACUAAUACAAAUGUUGAAAGAAAUUGAUGGAUUAGAAAGUCAUGAAAUUGGAGGACAGUUAUUAUCAGAUGGUAAAGAAAACUCUGGGUUUAUAGAUAUUGGUCAAGAGAAGACUGGAACUCAAGCUGUAGAAGCAGGAAAGAAGUUAUCUAAGUUAAUAUUGUAUGUAUGUUAUGAUGAUAUAUUAGAUGUUUUAUCAGUAUUAUUAACUGGUAAAAGUUCCUGUGGCAGUUCCAGUAGUCUAGCUUUAUUACUGGGUACUGAGGGAGCCAAGGAAGAAUCUAUGAGAGCCAGGAAUGCCAUAUGCUUAAGUUUAGAUGGAUUGAGGAAAGCUGCCAAAUUAUGCUGCAUGUUAGGUUUACAGAACAGAUGUGCUGGUGUAUUUACUCAACUAGCAACAACAUCAUGUGUAAAAGAAGAUUUUAAAUCAGAUAAUAAACAAAAUAAAUCAUCAGUUUUACCUUCAAAACCUAAACUAGCCAGACUUCAUGCUGCUCAUGUACUCAGUAUGGAUGCUGUCAUGACAACAGGAUUAGAAAUGGGAAGCCAUUCUGCUGAUUGCUGGCAACAUGUCUUCAGAUGUUGUGCCCAUAUCUCGGAAUUAGAACAUACAUAUUUUAGUGGUGGUAAUAAUCAAUCUAGUCUACCUAAAAUACAACAAGAACAAACAGCUGAGAUAGAUAUGGCUCCUCCAAAUGAGAAUGAGUUAUAUGCAGCACCUGUUGUACCAGUAGGACCUAUAGCCCCUCAUAUCAAUGUACUUGAACUGAUCCGUCAGUCUAGUAUAGAAUCAGGAUGGGAUAGUUCACUUACUGGAGGAGGGGUGUUAACUCAUGCUCAAGCUACUAAAGCUCUGUGUGGUCUUUCACAAGAGGUUGAUAGUUUGUUUGAAGAUGCAGCAAGAAAAUUAAACUUGAUGUCACUACUAAGUUUUUUAACAGAGCUAGGUGAAGCUAGUAGAGCACAGCUACGUAAACUGGGUACUGGAGACUACGAGACUGGAAGACUACCAACUAAUGCAUUACAUCUAUAUAGAUUACAGGAUGUUCUAAUGAAAGUAGUCAAUAGUACCAGACCACUAUUACAUCUAAUAAGAGCUUGGAGUGUUAUAUCUCCUUAUUUAGUCGAGGCUACAGGACAUCAUGAACGUAGUAUUAGUAAAAUGGCUGUAACAUGUAUACAUGAAUUUAUAGUUGCUAUGUUAUCUAACCAUGAAGAAUUACCACAUUUCCACGUUAAUGAGUUCCUAUGUAAAACAUUUGAAGAUAUGUUAUGUUUAGAAUUAUGUGAUGGUGAUGUACAGGAUCAGAUUGUAUGUUCUCUUUGUGAAGAAGUAGAAGCUUGUACAGCUCAGAUACAGUCUGGUUGGAGACCAGUGUUUGGAGCUCUACGUUCUGUUAAAAUAGAAUAUACAGCUAAUGAAGAGGUGAAUGAGGCUAGACAGAGACAUAUAGCAGCUGUAUUAGAUGUAUUUGAAGUGUAUUUAAGUACUGAUAAUAUACUAGUCUAUGCUAACGCUACUGUGGACUGUAUUUUAUGUUUGUUGAAAUAUGUUCAUGGACCUGGUAUGUUUGAGUAUGGCAGUGAUGAUGACAGUGAAUCAGGCAGUGAUCUAGGGGCAGGUAAUCAAGUUAUAAAUGAUGAAAACCUCUGUAUACCAGCGUUAAAAUAUCUGAAACGAUGUUGUGAUAUACUUACACAUAUGUGGAAGAUGCCAGCUUGUCCUCCUUUUAAAGGCUCUCAAAGAAUACAGUUAGGAAACACAGUCAAAGUCGUAGACCCAAAUAUACCAGAUAUGAAUUUCGAAUCCUUUGCCAAACAUUUUAAUGCUGACCAACCAGAUGUGGAGAUUUCUCCAGACAAAGAUCCUGAUUGGGUAGUAGUUCAACCUGAUGCCAAAAGUAGCCAAUCAGUGGACUCAGGGAUGGUUAAUGGUAGCCAAUCAGAGCACUCAUUACAACCAUCAGAUGUAAAACAAGAUGUGAUUGGUCCAGGGAAAGUUGAAUGGAAACCUAAACCUCUAGAUGAUUUAGACAAUCCGUCUGGAAUACUACAUGUCUGGUAUCUACUGUUAGAUGGCCUGGCUACCUCUAUAUCUUCCUGUCCUAAAACUUUCCAACCUCAAACUCUACAGACAUUGUUUGAACUGCUGAGAUCUGCUGCUGAUGUGCCUGGUCCUGAGUUUGCUGUACAUUGUGUCAAUCAUCUAGUAUUACCAAUGUUACAAUCGUGGUUACGUCGUGGAUCACGUAUUCAGAAUUACUGGAUAUCAGGAGCUGUGAAUUUUAAACAGUGUCUGGGUAAUACAGCUGAUCUAGUAGUCGACUAUCUCAAUAAAUUUGUUGGUGAUAAAGAAACCCAUGCUAUGUUAGAGUUUAUGAUUAAACAGAUGUUAGAUGUAUUAACAGAAUGUGUUGCUCAACCUGUAGAAAGAAUAUCUCGACUGGGUUGUUCUUGUAUCAGACAUGUUCUAUCAAGUGCUGGUCCUCUGCUAACAGAAUCUAUGUGGCAGAUUUGUGCUGAAUCUAUACAGAGAGCUUUAAAUAUUACAACAUACAGUGUUAGACAACUGAUGACAUUAUUCCACGCCAACUCUGAGAAUUUCUAUGGUGAUAUAGGUCAGGUCAAGGUGGCUACACGUAAAGAUUGUACACCAAUAGAAUUUAUUAGAUUAAAACAACUGGCUCAUCAGGUCUUCCUGUUAGAAAGUCAGGUAUCUAUAAUAUCCAGUGUGAAAUUUGAUAUGGAUGAAGAUAAAUCAUUUAUAUUUUUAUUAUAUCCACCAAAUCAUGAGGAUAGUCUUAAUCCAGAACAUAUUAUGACUAGAGUACCGUUUCGUAAUAUAGUUGUAGGAUUAUUGUCACAUCAACUAUUAUUACAGACAAUAGGAUACCUGUUAUUAGAUGGGGCUGAAAUAAAAUCAGAUUCUAGUACUGAUACUGAAUUUAUACCAAAACAAUCUCACACCAAAAUACCAGGUCUUCUACCAUAUAUGUCAACUCGUAAUGUACUAACUUUCCUGGAAUGUCUUCAAUCAGCUUACUCUCUGGCUUGUGACUUUGACUCACGUCCUGGACUCAAAUUCCUGGUACAGAAGGUGGCUGGUUUAGACGUAGCAGCAAAUCUUUAUAAACAAGCUGGAGCAAGUAUUGUUUAUUAUGUUCAUUCAUUGGUGGAAAUUUGUUGCCAUAACAAUUCGAUAUCAUUGAAGAAUACUCAAGAGAUUCUCGAAACAUCCAACGUUUGUGAACGAGAUACAGGAAUCAUCUCAGAUUUGGUUCUAGAAAAACGUCAUUCAAGUGGUGGAAUUUUAACCAGUCCUGAUGUGUUUACGUAUUUGCUGCAGAAUGUCUGUGAUGAACUGUGUCAAACCUAUGUAGAUGUUUUAGUUGAUAAAGAAGGAACGGCCAGGUUUGAUCGAAUGGAGGAACAGCCGCUGUUCUUUUUAAUUGCCCAACCUGAUGAUAUGAGUGACGUUACAAGUAAGAAAGUAAGAAGAUCAAGUUCGACACGUUCUAAUAAGAGUGAUAGUGGUGGAGUUGUCUCCUCUCCUGUUAUCAUAGAUACACAGGAUAGUAAGUGGUCUUUUUCAUUUCAUCUUUGUCCUUCCAAGGUUGUCAGACCUUAUAAGGGAUGUGAUAUUGUCUCUGUUCAAGCGACCUUCCAAAACACACCAGAAGAAACAACAACAAAAAAUGAAUCUGAUGAGGAAGAGGUCAUGAAUGGAGAUCAAGGUCAAGAGGGUAAAGGUCAAGGGUUAAUUGAUGAAGGUCAAGGUAAAAGUAAGCGUGAGAUAAGAGAAGAUAAAGAAAGUAGAGUGUAUACUGUAGCCACUGAUAAAACUAUCAAAUCAUUGAUGAGCAAGUAUAAACAGCGCAAACAACAAAAUUCUAUGCCAAGUUUCGUGAAAUUGGUGAAUCGAAUGAAAGAUGUCAGAAAAGAUAAGGUACCUAGAAAAGAAGUGGUUGAUGAAAAAAUAGAAAAACAGCAACAGUCGUCCAUAAUGAAGGACAGUGAAGCCCACCUUCGAUCAUGGUCGGAGAUGUUAACCAGAAUUCUACAGUUGUUCCUACAAAUGGAUGACCUAAGAUUUAAGUCUUUAAUUCCAGUAAUUUAUAACUGUAACACUCAGUUGGUCUGUCACUCAGACGACCCUCGUCUCAAACAGACACUUGCCACCUGGUUUCAUCGUCUUGGUAACCUCUACCAUUACUCACCAAUCAAACGAUUGGUUAAACCAGAUGAUGAUGUUGCUGUAGCCCAAUCAGAUUCUGGUAUAGACACUAAUAUUGACCAAUCACAGAUGGUUUCAGAAUCUCAAUCUGACCAAUCACAGAUUGCCAGCAAGUCAGAAGAUCAGUAAAAUAACCAAUCAGAUGUUAAUAAAACUGUUAACCAAUGAAAUCUCGGUAUUCCAUAUCAGAU